UACCGCCGGGCGAGGACGUGGGGACGACAGCUUUUUACGAGGAGGCACGUUGAGCUGUUCUAUUAGUUACAACAUACAGGAUCGAGCCAAUUUUUCGUCAAAGAAAAACGAGGAGUAAACUAGCGAUAGUACUACUCAUCUGUAUAAUGAUGCCACUUAUUGGGCGCGGCGAAGAGCACGAACCACCUAGUAUACUUUCACUUAGACCACCUAAUAUGAAGCUUUAAGCGAAAGCUACAGCAUGAAAGAAGGGACAACGUCGACUACUAAGAGGUUAUAAACACUUCAGAAGUAGACAAGGAGAUCACAGCGACUAGCUACGACUGCGACUACGCUCGAUCGACUGCAGGACCGGCAAAGGGACUAGUAGAGUAGUCAACUUCAAUCCAUACAGACAUUUGCGACAACGACGUGAGCCCGGAACCCAUCUACAACUUGCCCUUCAAGAAGUUUAGUCGGACAGUCCAGUUCUUGGUCGCGAGAUUAAAAAGUAGCGCCUCCAGCGUAUUUCUGCAGGAUGAACAUCUUUCGGUUCUUUGGAGAUAUGCUCCACCUGGCGAGCAUUCUCCUUUUUUAAGGCUACUUUUUCUUUCACUAUUGAUUGUAGUCCCAUGUCGUGUGGGGACUAGGCUGAAACGAGAGUGGAGUUGUCCCCCUUCCUUAUGAUUUCUUCAAAAGGAAAAUAUAUGAGCAUGAGGAGGCUACCUUUACUCUAAUCUGUGCUAUGGAAAAUCAACAAGAAUAAGAGCUGUGUCGGAGUCAGCUGUCGGAUGCAGGAGGUUUACUUAAGGCAAAAGGUGGAUCCUACACGUAGUACUUCUUGUGCUGUGUUACAACUAUCUAUCAGAUACAACUAUGUCUGGAUACAUUGAAACAGCUCGAAAUCAGCGCCAACGGCUCCAAAAUCGCUCUUUGUAUGGGCAAAUUGGUGACUCUAUCAUCUAGAAGAUCCAGCACUAGGCUAGGACUAGGAGUACUAAAUGGGACACCAUGAUGAUGGACUCAUCUAAUUUCCCUCAUCGUUUUCUGCUGCCGAUAUCUGGACCUGCUAUACGAGUUCAUAUCGAUCUACAACAGCGCGAUGAAAAUUUUCUUUAUGAAGAAUAGAGGAGACAGCUUCUUAGACUCAGUAGAAGCACUUACCCCCCAACAUAGUGCAGGUAUUAUAUAUCGCUCCUGAGUGAGUUCUUCAAUCUACGUGGCCCUCUUUCAUCCUUUUGUUAUUACUUAGAGUAGGACCCAGUGCGUUCUUCUGCACUGUUCUCUCUGCCUCAAUAAAGCUUCUUACUUCGCAAGAAAUUUCAACCAGUGAGUGAAUCCUUUGAUGCGUCCUCGUUCGCGAUAUAAAAAGUACGCCACAGGUGUGCGAGCUCUAAACUGCUCAUCCUGUCGACGGGGUAUAUGGUGUAUUUGAUGCGGUUUAAGCCACCGAUUAACCAGACCUACGAUCGCAGUGUCGACAGCUUCAAGUAUGAGCUCUACUUUCUGGCGCCGUGCGUAAUUUUAUGCGAAAAGGCUAAGUAGAUAAAGAUAUUGGCUAUAACGAUGUUAUAGCCUCAUAGCUGAGGUUGACCACUAACAGUGUCUUCUAACCUUUUUAGGGUCAGACGGAGCCCAACCUGAAACUAACCUCUAAUCUUUUUAGGCUGCAUAACGUGCGAGGAACUAGUACCGACAGAAAUAUUAUGGGCGAGCUCCAUUUUCCUCGAGGCAGUGGCAAUAACUCCGCAGCUCGUGCUAUUGGCGAAAAUGCGAGAAGUACAAUGUUAUACUUUCAGUUAGUAGUUGUAGUUGUCAACAUUCCUACCUUAGAAGACAAGUUGAAGGCGUUUUUUGAGAUAGUAACCUCAUCUCCUUCUAAAGUUAUAAGAAUACUCCUGAACAAUAGAUACGGAAGCAAUCAAUCAGAUGAAUCAAGAGACAAAUGAAAAAUCAAAGGUAACUAAGAGUAAAUUGCGCAGUCAACUAAUCUUGUUCAACCAAAUGAAUCAAGGAGAAAACCUCCUGACCUCGCAUUUCGUUGAAAUGAACAAUCUAUCAAGGUAGAAAACCUGACCUCGCAUUUCGUCACAGCCAUGGGACUUUAUAGGGCUUUCUACAUCCUCAACUGGAUCUACAAGUAUCUGGUCGACAAAACCUACGAUCCAAUAGCGAUACUUGGCGGUAAUCUUCUUUGGUUUUUUUGCAAUGCUGUGGAUGAGUAGACGCCCCGCCAAGCGAUAGAUACUUGGUGGUCCACUUCUUUGGUUUUUUGGCAACAAUAUUUUUGAUAGAGGUGUAACUGACACACCCACAAAGUGGGCACAUUCAUUCACUCAUUCAUAGAUGGGGUAGGCUUAGCUUUUUAGGUUGCCUGUAAUCUUUGCAUUGGUCAUUCUGCUGCUUCAAAGCUUAUUCAUCUGACUCAAAAGACGGCGCUGACGCUAUCCAUUUAAAUACCUUGAUGCGCAUUUUCUUCAGGUAUCGUCCAGACGGUGUUAUAUUGCGACUUCUUUUACUACUAUGCCAUGAGCAAGUGGUAUGGGAAUCGACUGGUAUUGCCAAUGGCUACGUAGAAGCUACGCAGAAGACUCUUAUGGUUGGCUGUUGAUGUCCUGUUUUUCAGGAGGCUGUAGGAAUUUAGCUAACAACGAUGAUACUGGUCUGGUGUGUGCCACCUCUUGAUUUAUAGGCACCCUCAUGAAUAAGUAUGUUCACCAAAGUAAGUAGGUCGUGUACUCUUUUAAUCAUCAUCCAGGUCCAUGAUCAGUGGCUAAAAAGUGCUAUAAUAUUUUUACGGCUUCAACAAGUGGCGGGCGGCGGGACUCGAGUGCGGGUUUUCACUUGGAAAAGGGGCGUGGCUGCUAAGAGGGAGCUGCUUGAUACGCGACGAUGAUCAGCGUGAUGACGAUGUAGCUGAUUCUACUUCUAGCUAGGCAAGCUGCAGCAUCUUCGUUCGUUGUGAUUUAGGUUGGGUCUUGUAAUUGUUUCUGUGUCUUGAUUUCGUUCUGAUAGUUGUUGGAUCCAUCUGUGUUCAUAAAACUUAAUAUAGGAUAUGGAGGAUUUCGCGGUGGAAGUCUAUGGAGGUGUAGGAAUAUUUGAGACUCAACAUCAUGCUAUAUAUUUGUAAGCGGAAGACUCGUUGAGCUUGAGUCGUUUACUUUGUUACUUUGUCGAAAUUAAUAGAAGGCAACUUCUUCUACCACGAAUACUAUAUGUAAAAAUUAUACACUUCAAAUUUCAACAAGAUCUUCAUAUUUCUCUACGACGUCUACUCGGUUGCUCUCUAGUACGUCUACAGAAAGCCCUCUCGCAGGUCUAGGGGAAAGAAUCAUCAGCAUGUAGCAAGGAACCGUAUCAGAUUCGACGCAGAUACUAGUGAUUUCCCCUGUAUAUGGACUGAGUAUU